CACAUCAUUCCCUUUGCUCUAAUCAGCUACUAGUUGAAUGCCAAUUGUCACUUCCUUCUGUAAAAAAGAUCCACAAAAAAGAAGAAGAAAAUAUCACAGAUGUUUCUUCUUCAAAUUCUUCAAAAACAUUCUUUGACUCAAAUACCAUUUUCUUCUUCUCUUCUCAGCUCCAAGUCUUCUCUGGUUGCCAUUUCCAUAUCCCAUUCAAACCACCUCUCUCUUUGAUUCUCUGUAUUUAUUUUCUUCCUUCAUCUGCUACUCUUUCUCUCUAUCUUUUGUAUAUAUACCAACCUCACAGUUACCACUACAGAGUGUGCUUCAAACUCCAUCAAUGGCUGCCAACAAGUUUGCCACCAUGUUACACAGAAACACCAACAAACUCACUCUGAUUCUCAUCUACGCAAUCCUCGAAUGGGUUCUGAUCCUCCUCCUCCUUCUCAACUCCCUCUUCUCUUAUCUGAUCGUCAAGUUCGCCGAUUACUUUGGCCUCAAACGACCCUGCCUCUGGUGUUCUAGGCUCGAUCACAUCUUCGAGCCCGGAAACAAGAGCCACAGCUCUUACAGAGAUCUUGUGUGUGAAGAACACGCCAAUGAAAUAGCCAAACUUGGGUUUUGCUCGAAUCACCAGAAACUGGCUGAGUCUCAAGAUAUGUGUGAGGAUUGCUCAUCGCAGGAAUAUUCUCAAGAAUGGUCUAACAAGUAUGCUUUCUUUCCGUGGAUGAAGCAAAUUGGGAUGAUUCAAGGCGGCGAUGAUGAUAAGGAGAUUAACGAUAAGGAGUGUUCUUGCUGCGGUGUGAGCUUGAGCCACAAGCUGUACCCUCCUUGUAUUCUGCUCAAGCCUUCUUGGGGGGUUUUGGAUUACGCUCAAAAACCGAUUUUGAGUUCAGAUGUAGGGGUUGAUGCUCAGACUGAGGAAGGUGAUCAGUCGGAUCAAAGUGGAUCGGAUUAUGUGGCAGAUCAAAAUGGACAUGAUGAGGGUGUUGUUGUUGUUGUUGUUCAAGGAAAUAGGGGAGAGAAUUCGGUUUCGGUUUCGGAUGUUGAUGGAUGUUGUGGACAAAGAGACUCUGAUGCAGAGGAGAAGAAUAAUUCAGCAUGUUGUUCUGUUUGUGACUAUGUCUGCAAGGAAACGGAAACUGAGGCCAAUCAAAUUGAAGACGAGGCUAAUAUGAAUGUCUCCAUGGAUGAUGGUGAUGAUGGUCGAGCUCAAAUUCAGGCCAGUUGUGAUGAGAAUAAGUCUCGUGGGAGUCUGCAUCAGCAUCUGGAGUUCUACAUUGAUCAAGAUGAUUGCCGGUUGGUUCCGGUUGAAUUGGUUGAUUCUCCUGCCACCAUCGAGAGGCAAAGUCACCAGAAUUAUAAGGUGGAGGAAGACCGAGCACAUAGUGAUACUCAAGAUGUUAUUCUGGAUUUCGACAUGCAUUUCGAGACACAAGCCAAACCGGUUGUUGAGUUGUGGCACAGUUCAGAUGAAAUUGUGGAAUUACUUUCAUCCCAUGAGAGUAAAGAGGAGAGCAAAGUUUCAGUUCUUGACUCAAAGGAUUUAGAUUUCGAUAUGCAUUUCAAGACACAAGCCAAACCGGUUCUUGAGUGUUGGCAGAGUUCAGAUGAGAUUGUGGAAUUACUUUCAUCCCAUGAGAAUAAAGAGGAGAGCAAAGUUUCAGUUCUUGACUCAAAGGAUUUGGAUUUCGAUAUGCAUUUCAAGACACAAGCCAAACCGGUUGUUGAGUGUUGGCAGAGUUCAGAUGAGAUUGUGGAAUUACUUUCAUCCCAUGAGAUUAAAGAGGAGAGCAAAGUUUCAGUUCUUGACUCAAAGGAUUUGGAUUUCGAUAUGCAUUUUGAGACGCAACCCAAACCGGUUGUUGAGUGUUGGCCCAGUUCAGAUGAGAUUGUGGUACUUUCAUCCCAUGAGAUUAAAGAGGAGAACAAAGUUUCAGUUCUUGACUCAAAGGAUUUGGGCCAGAAUGGAGAAGAAGUUGAAGAAAAUGAGCAAGCUGAAGAUACUACUAGUACUCAAGCAACAUCAGCCUCUUGUCAUGAGGAUGACAGUCAAUCAAAUGCUGCUGACAUAGUAGGAAGAGACAUUGAUUCAGAUGUUCUUCAAGCAACAACUGAGGAUGAUGACAUCCAUAUGCGGAACGAUGAGAUUGAUACAGAGGUCUCAAUAGGGACUGAUAUUCCUGAUCAUGAUAUAUUCAAUGAGGAUAUUCAAUCAGCUCAUGAACUUCUACAUUCUUAUCCCAGUGUGCAAGAAGAUCCUUCUACAAGUUCUCCCAAUGCUGAAAUUGAUGAUAAUCAUGGUGCUAAGCAAGAAGAAGAGUUUCUAGAAUUCAAGACCUUAUCAGUUGAAACAAGUGAGAAAGAACAAAAUAGUUAUUUCUCAUUAGGUUCAGAACUUAAUGAGAUUGAGGAAGAGAAGGUUCUUCCUGAUACACCAACUUCUAUAGACAAUUUCCAUCAGUUGUAUAAUAGAAUGCUACUAACUGAGAGAAGGGAAUCGGGAACAGAAGCAUCAUUGGAUGGAAGUGUAGUGAGCGACAUUGAAUGUGGUGAUGGAGUCCUGACUAUGGAGAAGCUGAAAUCGGUGUUGAGAGCUGAACGGAAAGCUUUAAAUAGAGUAUAUGCAGAACUUGAAGAAGAGAGGAGUGCUUCUGCAAUAGCAGCCAACCAGACAAUGGCAAUGAUAAAUAGGCUACAAGAAGAAAAGGCAGCAAUGCAGAUGGAAGCUUUGCAGUACCAAAGGAUGAUGGAUGAGCAGUCUGAGUACGACCAGGAAGCUAUGCAGCUCUUAAACGAGCUCAUGGUAAAGAGGGAAAAGGAAAAGCAAGAACUUGAAAAGGAGCUAGAAAUAUGUCGAAAGAAGGUCCAAGAUUAUGAGGCCAAAGAGAAAAUUAUGAUUUUGAGGAGAAUGAAAGAGGGCUGCACAAGAAGUAGGACUUCAUCUGGUCCUUGUAGCAAUGCUGAGGAUAGUGAUGGACUUUCUAUUGAUUUGAAUCAUGAAGUGAAGGAAGAAGAUAACCUCUCGGGACAUGAAGAGAGUAGCAAUCAAAACACACCAAGGGAUGCGGUGUUAUAUUUAGAAGAAUCUCUGGCUAGCUUUGAGGAAGAGAAGUUAUCCAUUCUAGACCAACUCAAGGAAUUGGAAGAGAAGCUUUUGACCUUGAAUGACGAAGAGGAAGAAGAACAUUACGAGGAUAUAAAACCAAUUGAUCAUUUCUUUUCAGAGAAUGGGAAUGGCUACCAUGAGAAUGGUGAUGUUGGCGGUGAAGAAAAUGGCAUUGCAAAUGGCCACUCCAAAGAAAUGAAUGGAACACAUCAUCAAGAUAGAAAAAUUAUGGGAUCAAUUAAGGCAAAGAGACUUCUUCCACUUUUCAAUGAAGCUGAAGAUGAAGACGAGGAGUUGAAUGGAGAUGUAGAAGGUUAUGAUUCUGUUGCAUCACAAGAUCACAAGAAAUUCGCUAUUGAAGAGGAGGUUGCGCAUGUCUAUGAGAGACUACAAGCACUUGAAGCAGAUAGAGAGUUUCUAAAGCACUGUAUUAGCUCCUUAAGGAAAGGUGACAAGGGAUUAGAUCUUCUCCAAGAAAUUUUGCAACAUCUUCGUGACCUGAGAAGUGUGGAAACCCGUCUAAGGAAUUCGGGAGAGGGUAUCCUAUAACGACUUCAUUCACAGAUUGCUUGAUUCGGGUUUAAACAACUGCAAAUAUAGAUACUUGAUACACAAGUCAUAAAUGGAAUUCAGCAGUUUCAACAAAUUCAAAUGGGGAUUCCCUGGAUGGAGAGGGAAGCUCAUAGCAGUAGUCUGUCUGGUGGAAUAUGGUAGACUACAACACGUUCAAGUCUGCCAUUUUUUCUUACUACUUAUUGAGUCUAAGUAAACCCAAUUUUUUGUGGGUUGCGCCCAUCAAACACCUUUUAGAAGGUAAAAGGAAGUUGAUGAGUGUGUGUGUGUAGGAGAUAGUGAGGUGAAGCCACUCUGUCAAGUAAGUUUUUUAUGGUGUGUGAGAGAAAAGGCCUGGUUUGCAAAGCUGGUGUGAUCCAACAAAGAUUCCAGUGCCAGGUACAUAGCAUUAGUUUAUUAGAGAGAUGAGGUAGACAAUUAGUACAGGCACUCUUUUUUGUCAUUUAUUUAAAUUUUGUUGGUGGGAAAGGAAAAGUUGGGGGAUAACUAAUCCCUUUCUUUUCCUUUCUUCUGGUCUUUGCAUCAUUUCAUCAUAUGAUCUGGGUUUGUUUAUUAUUUGAGGGCAGCAGCAAAGUUGAGGAACUUGUAUACUACACUACUACAUGUAAUCCAUUUUGUAAGUACAUAAAGUGAGUGUUUGUUUAUA